AAAUUUUUACUACUGAAGGUAUAACAUAACUUCAUAGAGAUGCACUAUUUGAUGGUACUAGUCCUGAUUGCACUUUUGGCCAUGGCCUUUGUGAAUGCAAGCCCAGUUCCGGAUCCGAACGGAGAAGUGCUCGUCAUCAUUAACCAAAAAGUCCCAGAAGAUUGUCUCACUUCAACUACGGGUUGGUAAACCCUUAAUAAAUUGUAUCCAACAAAGGGUUUUUGCAAAAUUGUAUAAUAAAUAAAUACAAUGACGGUUAA